GAGGCCCGGCCUGGGCGCGCGCUGCGCAGCCAAGGUCCCCUAGCGCCCCCUACAGUCACGCGUGCCGGGAGUCAGCGCUGGGUCCUGCGACUCCGCACCACGCCCGGUACCCCACCCAGAGGCCCGCGCCCCGGGACUCACGAUCACCGCACCUCCCGGCUGCAGAAACCCGCGUGGGGCUCGCGGGCGCGUCGCAUCCCUUGCCACUUCGGAUUGCUCCGCCCGCCGCAGCCAGACUUCCCCUCCCUCCCUUGGUCCCUGCCCUCCUCCCUCCCUUCUUCGCUCCCGCCCGCCGGCGCCGGACACGCUGAGCCUCUUCUCUUGGGGCGCUCUUCCCCUCGGCCAGCCGUCGCAUCCCGCGCAACUUGGGGACGGACGGUGGCGGUUCAGUGUUGAAUGUUCCCCUCCGAGAGCGCAUGGCUGUGGAAGCGAGGCGCGGGCCGGGCCCCCGCGGGGCCGCCGUCUGGGCGGCGGUGAUGUUUCUGUUGUGCUCGGGAGUCCCGAGCGGGCGCCCCUACAACGUGGACACAGAGAGCGCGCUGCUCUACAAGGGACCCCCCAACACCCUGUUCGGCUACUCGGUGCUGCUACACAGCCACGGGGCCAACCGAUGGCUCGUAGUCGGGGCGCCCACUGCCAACUGGCUCUCCAACACUUCAGUGGUCAAGCCUGGGGCGAUUUACAGAUGCAAGAUUGGGAAGAAUCCCGCCAGGACCUGCGAACAGCUGCAGCUAGGUAGCCCUUUUGGAGAUCCUUGUGGAAAGACUUGCUUGGAAGAAAGAGAUAAUCAAUGGCUGGGGGUCACGCUUUCCAGACAGCCUGGAGAAAAUGGUUCCAUUGUGACUUGUGGACAUAGAUGGAAAAAUAUAUUUUACAUAAGGACUGAGUCUAAGCUCCCCACGGGUGUUUGCUAUGGAAUGCCUUCUGAUUUACGGACAGAACUGAGUAAAAGAAUAGCUCCAUGCUAUCAAGAUUUUGUGAAACAGUUUGGAGAGAAUUUUGCAUCAUGUCAAGCUGGAAUUUCUAGUUUUUACACAGAGGAUGUAAUUGUGAUGGGGGCUCCAGGAUCGUUCUAUUGGACUGGCUCUCUGUUUGUGUACAAUAUGACUACAAAUAAAUACAAGGCUUUCCUAGACAAACACAACCAAGUAAAAUUCGGAAGUUAUUUAGGAUACUCGGUUGGAGCUGGUCAUUUUCGGAGUCCGCACACUACCGAGGUAGUUGGAGGAGCCCCUCAACAUGAACAGAUUGGUAAAGCAUACAUAUUCAGCAUUGAUGCAAGAGAGCUAAAUAUCUUACAUGAAAUGAAAGGUAAAAAGCUUGGGUCUUAUUUUGGAGCAUCUGUCUGUGCCGUGGACCUCAAUGCAGAUGGCUUCUCAGACCUGCUUGUGGGAGCACCCAUGCAGAGCACCAUCAGGGAAGAAGGAAGAGUGUUUGUGUACAUCAACUCUGGUUCUGGAGCAGUAAUGAACGAAAUGGAAACAGAGCUCAUUGGAAGUGACAAAUACGCUGCAAGAUUCGGGGAAUCUAUAGUCAAUCUUGGCGACAUUGAUAAUGAUGGCUUUGAAGAUGUUGCUAUUGGAGCCCCACAGGAAGAUGACUUGCAAGGUGCUAUUUAUAUUUACAAUGGCCGAGUAGAUGGGAUCUCAACAACCUUCUCACAGAGAAUUGAAGGACGUCAAAUCAGUAAAUCAUUAAGUAUGUUUGGACAGUCUAUAUCUGGACAAAUUGAUGCAGAUAACAAUGGAUAUCUAGAUGUAGCAGUUGGUGCUUUUCGGUCUGAUUCUGCUGUGUUGCUAAGGACAAGACCUGUAGUGAUUGUUGAAGCUUCUUUAAACCACCCCGAGUCAGUAAAUAGAACAAAUUUUAACUGUAUUGAAAAUGGAUUGCCCUCUGUGUGCAUGGAUCUGACAAUCUGCUUCUCAUAUAAGGGCAAAGAGGUUCCAGGUUAUAUCGUUUUGCUUUAUAACAUGAGUCUGGAUGUGAACCGAAAGGCAGAGUCUCCAUCGAGAUUUUACUUUUCUUCCAAUGGAACUUAUGAUGUGAUUACGAGAAGCAUAAAAGUAUCGAGCAAAGCAACUAGCUGCCAAACACAUCGAGCAUUUAUGCGGAAAGAUGUACGGGACAUCCUCACCCCAAUUCAGAUUGAAGCCGCUUACCACCUGGGGCAUCAUGUCAUCAGUAAACGAAGCAUAGAGGAAUUCCCUCCACUUCAGCCAAUUCUUCAGCAGAAGAAAGAAAAAGACAUCAUCGAGAAAACAAUAAACUUUGCCAGAUUUUGUGCCCAUGAAAACUGUACUGCUGAUUUACAGGUUUCUGCAAAAAUUGGAUUUUUGAAACCACAUGAAAAUAAAACCUAUCUUGCUGUUGGAAGUAUGAAGACAUUGAUGUUGAACGUGUCUUUAUUUAAUGCUGGAGAUGAUGCGUAUGAGACAACUCUGCAUAUCAAGCUCCCCACUGGUCUUUACUUCAUUAAGAUUUUAGAUCUGGAAGAGAAACAAAUAAACUGUGAAGUAACAGACAGCUCUGGCAUAGUGAAGCUUGACUGCAGGGUUGGUUAUAUCUAUGUAGAUCAUCUAUCAAAGACAGAUGUUAGCUUUCUUCUGGAUGCCAGCUCACUCGGCAGAGCAGAAGAGGAUCUCAACAUCACAGUACAUGCCGCCUGUGAAAAUGAAGGGGAAACAGGCGAUGUGAAGCAUAAUAAGGUGACUGUAACAAUACCUCUUAAGUAUGAAGUCAUGCUAACAGUUCAUGGGUUUGUAAGUCCAACUUCAUUUAUGUAUGGACCAGAGGAGGAAGAUGAGUUUGAAAUGUGCAUGACAGAGAAAAUGAACUUCACUUUCCACGUCAUCAACACUGGCCAAAGCAUGGCUCCAAAUAUUAGUGUGGAGAUAAUGAUACCAAAUUCUUUUAGUCCCCGAACCGAUAAGCUGUUCAACGUUUUGGAUGUCCAGACGACUGCUGGAGAAUGCCAUUUUAAGAAUUAUCAAAGAAAGUGUGCAUCAGACCAGCAAAAAGGCACAAUGGAGACCCUUAAAGAUAUAUUCCGAUUUCUGUCAAAGACUGAUAAGAGGCUCCUGUACUGCAUGAAAGCUGAUCCAUAUUGCUUAGAUAUCUCAUGCCAUUUUGGGAAAAUGGACAGUGGAAAAGAAGCCAGUGUUCACAUUCAAUUGGAAGGUCGGCCAUCCAUUUUAGAAAUGGAUGAGACUAGAGCACUGAAGUUUGAAAUAAGAGCAACAGCUUUUCCAGAGCCAAAUCCCAAAGUUAUUGAACUAAUGAAGGAUGAGAAUGUUGCACAUGUUCUUCUCGAAGGACUACAUCAUCAAAGACCCAGACGCCAUUUCACUAUAAUGAUUAUUUCAAGUAGCUUGCUACUUGGACUUAUUUUACUUUUCUUCAUUUCUUAUGUUAUGUGGAAGGCUGGCUUCUUCAAAAGACAGUACAAAUCUAUCCUACAAGAAGAAAACAGAAGAGACAGUUGGAGUUACAUUAACAGUAAAAGUGAUAAAGAUGAUUGAAGACUUCUUUCAAGUUAACAGAACAACUCAGGUUACAAUAUAUUUAAAAAGCAUUUUAGACAUUGUUUACAAGAAACCAUGAAUUCUGCUCAAACUUCUUUUAUGUACUUCUUUUAAUAAUGACCAUGUGACAUAUUAUGUCUUCAUCAUUGCUUGGACUUUUCAUCUUCAUUGUCUUUGGAUAUAUUACAGGGUUACCUUUAGAGUUAUUUUCUCUCAGAGGAUAAUAUUGCAGCUCUUAGAUGGAUAUAAAAACACUAAAGCAUCAACUUAUUCAAGAGAAAAUCUCUGGAAGAUAUCUUGAAAGUGCAUCUGAAUUAA